UGGCCAUAUACAACCCUGUCAAAUUUGGUAAACAAAAUGAGCGCGGCCGACAAAUAGUGUCAUUUGUGUAGGACCACUUUGAUCGGACAACAGAAAAGCAUUGCAAAAAAGUCCUUGUCCGUGUCUGACAAACGAAACAAGAAACUAUGAGUAAUAAUAAAAAGAGAAAAAUUGAUGUGCCCUUAAUACCCUGCAGUUGGAUUGGUUGUGGAUUGAUGUUUCCCAAUGAUUGGGAAUUGAAUGGUCACAUUGAAACACAUUUGGAGACAUUAAAGCCGCAUACGAAUGGAAAUUAUAACUGCGUUUGGGGUGCGUGCUCCUUUUCGACUGCAUGUAUUACAGAAAUACAACGCCACAUAUACUAUCAUGGAUACUACAAUGGACUAUUGGUCCAUGGAAAAAAUGAACUAGAAGCCAAUCCCUCGAUACCAAAAUGUAAUGCUGUGCCAAGAGAAUGUGAUAAAAUACCCGAUUUGCAUAAUGAUUUUCGCUGCGAAUGGGUGGACUGUAAUCGAACAUUUAUAUCGAUAGUAGAGUUCCAGGACCAUAUAGUACAACAUGCCUCCUUCGAGUAUGAAAUACAAAAAUCACCAGACGACGAAAGGCCAAAAAUUCAAUGCAACUGGAAUUUUUGCAAAAAACAAAUGGAUAACAAAUAUCGCCUCAUCGAGCACAUAAGGACGCACUCGAAUAAAAAACAAGUAGCCUGCUAUCAUUGUGGAGAAUUGUUCCGUACGAAAACAACAUUAUUUGACCAUUUACGACGGCAACCAGAAAAUAACACUCAAAAAUAUCAAUGUGCCCAAUGCUCAAAAUACUUUGCUACCGAAAAACUUUUACGUUCUCAUAUGCUGAAACAUGUUAAUUGUUUUAAGUGUACCAUGUGCGAUAUGACCUGCUCGUCAGCCAGUGCCUUAGCUACACAUGUAAGAUAUAGACAUUUGAAAGAAAAACCUUUCAAAUGUGUAGAGUGCGAAUAUAGAUGCGUACGAGAAUCGGAUUUAAAUCAGCACGUUCAAUUGGUGCACAGUCAAGAGGUGCAUCGCUGUGAGGAAUCUGGUUGCACUUAUGCUGUUAAAACAUUUCAGGCUCUAAGAAAGCAUUUCUUUGAAGUUCACAAAAACACCACAUUUAUCUACCUCUGUCAUUGUUGUGAGAAAUCAUUCAAAAACGGAAAAAGUCUAUCGGUGCAUUUAAUCAAAAAACAUGAUUUUCAACUACCCUCCGGCCAUCGACGUUUUACAUAUCGUAUAGAUGAAAAUGGUUUUUAUCGUCUCGAAACUACACGCAUCGAAAGUCUAGAAGUCACCGAACAAAUAUUGACUCCAACUACAUUUGAAGUUUCAGAGAUUACCGAAGACAGCAAUUCAUAUGAAAUUGUUUCACUGACUAAUGCUCAGGACGCUGAACGUAUUCUAGUAUCGAAUGACAGAGGUGAAGCUCGGCCUGCAGGUGAGGUAUUAAUAUCAUUACCGAGUUUAGAUUAAUAAUUAGAAUUAGUUUAAAUAUUACAAUAAUAUAUUAUAGACACUUUCCAAAUUCAAUACUGAUAGCAAUAAGUAUUUGUCAUCAUAUCGGUUUCUUUAGUAAUUAAUGAAUCACAUAAAAAUGUUUUAAUUUUUAUAUUUAGCCAAAUAUCAACCGAAUCCCUGAAGAAAAUGUAUUUCAGUUUAGAUUAUAUUUAUUUUUCUCAAUGUUUAUGCCAUUUAAAAGAUACGCUAUGAAACAAUAUUCAAUGUACGUUAAGUGUUAACUCCAAAUUUCUUAUGACAUCGACUAAACUUAACUCAUUUUGUGAUGCUUUUUUGAUUUUCUUCCUUAAAAAUAAAUGCUUAUUUUGUCAUGAAAUUUAAUGCUAAAUAAAGUUUUGAAAUUAAAAUUGAAAUAA